AUGUCCGAGUCAUCCCAUCUCAUUCAUAUUAAGGAAGAAAUUGCCUCUUCGUAUCCUAACUUCGAAGAACGCGUUACACAAGCAUGGGCUGACAUCCUCGUCGAACUGAAGAAGGCAACCCAGAAAAUUAGUGCUGGUGGUUCCGAAUUCAUUCCCCAAGUCCAAUUCUUUGAACUUCAGGGCCUUCCAGCCGAUAAGAUUGCUGAUAUACGACGCAAAGGGUGUCUUGUGAUCAAAGACAUCGUCGAUGAUGUACAAGCCAUUGCUUGGAGGGAGUCGCUCGAAGAUUUUAUAUCCACUAAUCCAAAUGCUGACGGUUUUCCUCCCAACGAUAAACAGUUUUUUCUGCUUUACUGGACGAAAUCCCAACUGGAAGCCCGCUCCCACCCCAACAUGCUUGCUGCUUCGGCUUGGCUGAACAACUUGUAUCAUGCCGAGGGAGGGCAGAAGCUGGACGGCGUAGAUUUGUCUUCACCAUUGAGCUACGCUGACAGAUUCCGCAUCAGACAUCCCGGGACCGUUUGGACUACAUUCCCGCCCCACGUAGAUGGUGGUAGUAUUGAACGUUGGGAGGAUCCAGCAUUCAGGUCUUGUUUCGCUGAUAUCUUUAGCGGCCAAUGGCGCAAGCAUGACCCUUUUGCGCUUUCAGGUCGUGUAAAUGCGCAGAAUUCCCUCCAUGAUAGGCCUAAUCAGGUUCGUCGGUUUGUCAGUGAAACGGCCCCCACCGAAGGGACUCUCAAAGUUUUUCCUGAUCUAUUGCUGUCAAAUCCCUAUUUGAUCCUCCGCCCCUUCUUUCGUUUGCUGGUGGCACCAGACUCCGAAGAAGUCUGGAAUCCCAAGAGCUGGGCAUUUGAUGUUUCAAGUGACAAUUUUCCCGGCCUCUUCCCUCGCGAUGGAGGAUGGUCGGGCCCUCUUCCAACGCCUGAAUUGCACCCCAACCUUCUCCUUGAGGAGACUAUGAUUUCGGUGCCUAAAGUCAGCCCCGUUAUGUACAUUGCGGCAGUUCCUACUACCCCAUUGAACCAAGCAUACAUCGAGAGGCAAAGGGAAAGCUUCCUGAAGGCCGUCACGCCACCUGAUUACCCUGCGCAGACGAAUCCCGAGAAUACAUUGGUGGGCUUUGGAAAGGACAAUGAUAUUUUGAAUCCCCAAGGACGAAAAGCUAUGGGUUUACCUAUUUCCGUGUCCUAA